AUGCACCAACUAGUCGAGCAGUUUAUAAAAUUGAAGCCUCCUAAGUUUGACGGUAGAGGCAAUCUUGAGGGUGCAUCGUUGUGGGUGGAGGAAUUAGAAAAAGCUUUUGAAGUCUUGGGAUGUACAGAUGAGGAGAAAGUAACAUUAGCCGUCUAUCAAUUGCAAGAAAAUGCAAAUGAUUGGUGGAAAGCCACCAGAGGAAUGAUAUUCUCGAAUGGUACAGCCCGAACUUGGGCGAUGUUCGUGGAAGCCUUUAAUGAUAAAUAUUUUUCUAAGAGUGCCCGGGAACAAAAAUUAUCUGAAUUUAUGAGGUUGCAUCAGGGGCAGAGAACGGUGGAUCAGUACGAGGCCGAAUUUGCUCGGUUGUCAAAGUUCGCCCCUAAGAUGGUCGAGGACCCGUUGGAUAGGGCUCGAAGGUUCCGAGAUGGCUUGGAACCGGACUUUCGCAGCCAAAUGAUUCCAUUAAAUCUGAGAGGGUAUAACGAGAUUUAUGAUAGGGCUCAAGCAAUUGAGCGAGACUUGGCGGAUAGGGCCGCCGCUUCUGGGUCGAGGUUUACCCAAGGUAGGGACAAUCAUCAAUUAGGAAAGAGGCCAAUGACGGGUAAUAGACGUUUUGUCCCUCCGGCUAGAAGGAAUUGGAUUGACCCCGAAUUUGUGCCGGAGGAUGAGUCUGAUGAGGAGCCUGUUGAAGAGGAGCGGGAUGAGGUUCCGGCGGAAUCGGGUGAUAUAGACCACCCGAUCGUGAUCGAUGCUGAGCCGGAGUCUUCAAAGGAGCAGACAGUCCAGGGGGACUCAGACUCAAGCGCUGAAGAAUCAGACUCGGAAUGGACGCCAAGUAGAGGGCGUAGGGGUUAG